AUGGGACAGUCGUUCGCUUCCGGGUUCCCAGAGCUCGAUCCAUUCAUAAGGCCCCUCUUCGAAGAGGGCAUAAAAUCCGGCGUAGCACAAGAUGUGGUGGAAUCCCCAAUGAUGGUCCAAAGGAACAGCUAUCGCGAGGAGGCCUUCUUCACUGGGAAUUUCACACCGGUUCGAGGCGUGGACGGCGAUAUCGAGGGUUUCUACAAUGCCCUAUUCGAGGUUACGUCACAAAUAAUAUCAGAUCGGCGCAAACGCAUGUUGAACAUGCUUACGACGCCAAGAAUCUUCAGUACCGACGCCGUGUUUGAACACAUCAUUGCAAGUCUUGCGACGGCCCCACUGGAUGUACCCAUGGCUCUACUCUUCGAGGCCGACAAUCAGGCAGAGCCCGGGAAGACAAUACUGCGUGUGCGGGGUCAACUGGGCAUCCCGGAAGGGCAUACACUAUUGCUUGAUGGUCAGGAAUUGACAGAUACAACAGAUAUUGCCGGUGUCGCUUCCCUAUGUCGUCAAGCCAACGAUGGCAAGGUACUGACGACUCGCGACUCGCGAUUUGAGUCGGUAGAUUGGCUGGGAUUCAAGAUGGCCCCUGAAACUAUCGUAACAAUGGCUCUUCGUACCAGUCGCCGGCUAUUUGGUUUCCUCGUCAUAGGGACCAACCCGUAUAGACCUUUCGACGACGCCUCCGAGCAGUUCACUACGGAUCUAAUGGGGACGGCGUCGAAUUUGUUAGCCGCUGCUUUGGAUGCAGACAAUCUGCGAAAAGAGCAGCAGCAGUUGCAGAACGAGCUCGAAUUCAGCGACCUCAAAGUGCGACAUCUUGUGGAGCAUGCUUCAAUAGGAAUGGCUCACGCCAAGCCUGAUGGCACACUGCUUUGGGCGAAUGACAAAUUUCUCUCCCUCGCAGGCCUCCCGACGGAGAAGCGUGAUGAGAUCAACAGUAUGUUUGAAGUGCUCGUAGAAGACGAUCAAGACCAAGCCCACGAGGUGUGGACCAGGAUCUUCCAUGGCGACGACCAUGUUUCUGCCGAAUUCCGUCUUAAGCAGGCUUUCCAUCCUCCGGUUGGUGGUCAAGAGCCAGCACAAGUACAGCUACUCGCAUUUCCUUUCAAGGAGCAUGGGGCCACUGUUUCAGGAAUGGCGUGCAUUACGGACAUCAGUCAUCUCAAAUGGGCAGAAGCUUGGCAAGCACGUGCAGCACAGGAGGCUCGAGAUGCCAAACGCCAGCAAGAGGCUUUUAUUGAUGUCGUCUCUCACGAGAUGCGGAACCCGCUGUCUGCGAUUGUGCAUUGUGCUGACAGUAUCUCCAUGGCUUUGAACGACGUCAAGGCAAAAGGAGAGAAAAGGACUGACGCUGACUCACUUCUGGAAGCAUUGGAAGCAAAUGCUUCAGCAGCUUCAAUCAUAUUGGAUUGCUGCAAGCAUCAGAAGCGGAUCAUCGAUGAUGUCCUAACAUUGAGCCGCCUCGAAGAAACACUUCUUACCGUGAAGCCAGCUGCGGCCAAACCCUCUGAGCUGGUUGCAUCUGUUAUAGCAAUGUUCGGGGCAGAGCUACGAGCGAAAUCCAUAUCCACCGAAGUGAUCGCCGAAUCUUCCCUAGCAAAGCUCAACAUUGACCACCUUUACUUUGACCAAUCGCGAGUGGUGCAGAUUUUCAUAAAUCUGCUGACUAACGCGAUCAAAUUCAUGAGGGCUGAUGGAGAGAAGAGCCUGAAGAUUCAAUGUGGAGCAACGGCCACUUUACCACGCAUCGCAGAACACCUAAUUCCGUUCCCCGCCGAUAUCCACUGGGCACCUAAAGGGGAAAAGGCAUCCGGUGCUGUCGUAGACGGUCCAGAAUGGGGCCUCGGGGAAGUGAUAUACAUGGUCUUCAGUCUCAGCGACACCGGUAUCGGCAUGAGGACUGCCGAAGUUGACAAGAUCUUUCAACGUUUCGAACAAGCCAACGUCACGACACAUGUGACAUAUGGAGGAAGCGGGCUCGGCUUGUUCAUCUCCAAGGAGUUGACCGAGAGGAUGGGCGGAGAGAUCGGCGUCCAAUCAGUACCUGACAAGGGCAGUACAUUUGUCUUCUACAUCAAGACCCGCCGAGCCAAACUAGAGCCGAAAAAGAUCUCUCUGCCUCUGCGUCGGCCAUCUCUACCGGCAUCUCGACCCUCGCAAAUCCGAACACUGCUGGUCGAAGACAACGUCAUCAAUCAAAAAGUCCUGCGCCAUCAUCUUCAACGGGAAGACUGUGCUGUCCAGGUCGCUAAUCAUGGCCUCGAAGCGCUCGAGAUGAUGUGUGCGCCUGGAGCGCACUUCGAUGUCGUCCUAAUGGACAUUCAGAUGCCUGUUAUGGACGGUCUUACUGCUACACGUGAGAUACGCAACUUAGAGCAGGAUGGAACUUUACAGGGAAGGACGCCGAUCAUUGCUGUCACGGCAAACGUAAGGCAAGAGCAAAUUGAGUGCGCCGUGGCUGCAGGUGCAGAUCACGUUGUCCAGAAGCCAUUCAUGGCGAAAAAGUUGGUUGGGCUGAUGAGGGAAUUGUUGGGUCGUGGGAUAGACAAGGAGGAUUCACGAUGAUAGGCUUCUAGGUGCGGCUCCUUCUUGUCUCCUGUAGCUAGUGCCUCUGCUAGCCUCAGGGUGUGAUGCCGACAUGUGUCGGUGGGAUGUUGAUCGGUGCAGUAUGCACGCCCUGCGACCGGUCAAGUGUGCUAGAACCCGGGCUGCACAACCGAUUUGCCUGGUAAUGAGCGAUGUGGCUUAUCCACAUGCAAGCCACGCCGGAUGCAGAAGCGCAAAUCUUGUGCCGACAUAAUUUGCCCCUUUGAUC